GUGAGAUGCCAUCAACUGAGUGUCAUCGCUGGCUCCUCCCCCUGCUCUGUGAUUGGCUCUCACACUCUCACAUCACCAGCUGCAUCUACAGAUCCACACAGAAGCAGCCGAAGCUCUGAAGCGCUGCUCAUCUCUGCUUUCAGACCAGUGAAGAUGAACAGCAGGAGUCAGGAGUGUGUGCGAGCGCUCAGAUACAUCAGUAAAGAGGAAGCAGUCGCCAUAGAGACAGAGUUGCUAAGGGAUUAUCAUUUUGGACGGCAACAGCUGACGGAGAUACUGGGACACGCAUGUGCGACUGCCAUCACAAAGGUUUUCCCGCUGUGGUCUCUGGAGAAACGGCAGCCGACGGUUCUGGUGGUCUGUGGGCCGGAUCAGAACGGCUGUGUGGGCCUGGCGUGUGCUCGUCAUCUGCGUGUGUUUGAAUACAUCCCCACCGUCUUCACUCCCAAACGCUCCUCAGACAGUCUUCAUCAGGACCUGAUGGUUCAGUGUGAGCGGAUGGACCUGCCGUUCCUGUCCUACCUGCCCACUGAGGUGCAGCUGAUCAAUGAAGCGUAUAAUCUGGUAGUGGACGCAGUUCUGGGUCCAGAGACUGAAGCGUUGUCCGUCGGAGAGCCGUUCACUGGAGUCCUGCAGACGCUCAGAGGACUCAAAGUGCCCAUCGUCAGCCUGGACAUCCCGUCAGGUUGGGACGCAGACGAGUCCAGCUCAGACGGGAUCAGUCCUGCACUCCUGGUCUCUCUGAUGGCCCCGAAGAGAUGUGCCCUGAACUUCCCUGGAUCACACUUCCUGGCCGGACGCUUCCUGCCCUUUGACCUUCAGAGGAAGUACGAUCUGAACCUGCCCAAGUUCUCCGGGACGGAGUCUGUGCUCCAGCUGUGAUCCACUGUGUGCAGACAUCUUCGUUUUAAGUGUUUAACGUUUGAUUUUAUUCGAUGUAAAGGUUUGAUCAGUGUUAAAGAUUUAGCAAAUUUUCAUUUUAUCAAUUUCAAACAUCCAAUCAUAAUGAAAGAAAAAGAGAUUUAUAGGCCAUUUUAUUUUUUAGGCCAGUGAUUUUAGACUGGUGUUAUUUUGUGAUGUUUUUGUAUAAAAAAGCAUUUCAAAACAAACCUCUUGAUUAAACACUAAAACACA